ACAAGCGAGGAAAAGCAGAGGGGAUCCAACUUGUGUUUGAAAACAAAGACUUGAAUGGGAAUCGGAAUGUUUUGUCUCUCUAUCUGAAGAAAAUAUGCGCCUUCCUCAGUGAGAUUCUUCUGAAAUAGGUUGACAGCUAUUAGGCGAACCCCAUUUAAACUGGGGCGUAUUCAUUACGCCGAUUCUGUUGCAAAACUUUUCUUAAAAGUAAGCAAACGGAACGAAACGGGGAGGGACCUACCUGAAUUUCUCCAAUAGAAACUCUGUUUGGACUAAUGAUUACAACCCAGGUAGCAGCAGAAUGGCUGAAAAAUACAGGCAGAGUCGCUAAUUGCACUAUUCAUUUGGACUCAAAGGAGUUAGACAAUACCAUACCGAUGGUUUGCAGUCAACCCUCCAUGUCUGCUCCAACGAUUUGUACAAUUACAUAGGCAAUUGAAGGCUGGUAAAUCAAGUAACGUGUGGUGCAUUCAAGUCCUUUAUGGUGGGAUGUCAUCGACUUGUAUUGCGACAUAGUUAGUAAUCAUUGUGUUUGCCGAAGGCUGUUGACACUUCAGGGUAUUAUGAUGGGUGAAGUGACGGACGCCAGGGAAAUUAAAAAUACCUUUAUUGUUCCCGCAAUAAAGUCUUCCGGUCACUAUGAUUGUUCUCGAGCAAAAAUCUACUGUAGCCUCACGUGGCUGGUGGCCAAAGCAUUUGGGACAGACAGUGUCCCGGCCGACCUGAAGGAGCCCUUCUACACAGACCAGUAUGAACAGGAGCAUCUGAAGCCUGCAGUAGUCAGCCUACUGCUGUCUGCUGAGCUCUACUGCAGAGCCGGGAGCCUCAUCUUGACAAGUGGAGGUCACGAUGCUGUCACCCAGCCCCUGGUUGGUCACGAUGCUGUCUCUCAGCCCCUGGUUGGUCACGAUACUGUCACCCAGCCCCUGGUUGGUCGCGAUGCGGUCACCCAGCCCCUGGUUGGUCACGAUGCUGUCAUCCAGGCCCUGGCCCAGAAGGGACUCCACGUCACAGACCAGACGAGGCUGGUUACUGAGGGAGACCUCAGCAAGAGGCCCCUACAGAUGAGUGCCCACCUGGCUAUGAUGGACACGCUGAUGAUGGCGUACACGGUGGAGACGGUGAGCGUGGAGAAGGUGGUGGCGUGCAUCCUUCGGUACUCCUCCCACCAAGAUGAAGAUGCAGACACACCGUACGACACCGAGGACGCCGUGACCAGCUGGAUCAACAAGGUAAAUGAGUAUUUGAAGGAUAUCAUUGGUCAGGAGCGGAGGAGAGAAAGGAAGAGAGCUGAGCUUGUUGGCAGGCCAGGGACUCGCUCCAGGAAGGAGCAGCAGACUGUUGCCCAGCAGGGGCCCUGGAUCCCCCCUGUCGAUAACCUGCUGAAGGACACCGUAGACGGCUGCGCCCUGGCCGCUCUGCUGCACUUCUACUGCCCACAGCUAAUCAGACUGGAAGAUAUCUGUCUGAAGGAGUGUAUGUCGCUGGCGGACAGCCUGUACAACCUGCAGCUGGUGCAGGACUUCUGUCAGGAGCAUCUGAACCGUUGCUGCCACUUCAGCCUGGAGGACAUGGUGUACGUCUCCUCGUCCCUCAAAAAUAACUACCUUGUGUUCCUGGCCGAGCUGUUCUGUUGGUUUGAAGAGGUGAAACCCUCCUUUGUACAACCAAGAGUUCUGGAUACUGAACAGCCAGCCCUCACAUCGUUGCGCAACAUUCCCUCAGUUCCCAUCUCCAAUGUCACCAAGAAGAGCUUCAUGGAGAGACCGCCCAGCCCAGAACCACCCAGUCUGCCUCUCCGGCCUCAACCUAGGAACUCGGGUGAAAUGAAGAGAUCGACCUCGAUGUCCUUUGUGGACGUAGGAACCAAGGAGAAAAGGUCUGGGCCCUACGGGGUAUCCUUCGACAUUCCUUUUGACAAAGAGGACACCCAGACGUCUACUCCCCCUGGCCAUGCCAUGACUCGCUCUACCAGCACAGAGGGCUUCAAGAUCCACCAAAUGCCCCGGGGCAUGAAGAGGAUCCUGUCCUUCCAGCCCAUCAAUGGGCAGGGCGUGGGCAUUGAGGAGGAGGGCUGCCCGGACAGCCUAGCAGGCCCCGAUCUGCCAAGACAGCCUGGCAGACCUCAACCCAAUGGCUCCUCAGCCCUGGAUGGGCAUGGAAAAGGAGCAGCCAUACCCAGCAUGGAGGAGGCCCUGCAGAUCAUCCACAACAUUGGGAGGAAGCCCCCACAAUGCUCCCUGACGGAGGGUAUCAACCAUGGCUUCUUCCUGCACAGUCAAAACCGAGGAAGAGGUGUAGUCGGCCUGCACCCCAAGGCCCAACAGGAGAACAUGGACCUGGACUCACUGAACACCAUUAAAACCACAGAGGUGGACACAGACAUCCACUUGAGGACGGAGGACAUCGCCGAGAUGCUGGACGAGGACUCUUCGCUGGGGGAAGCUACGAGCAUAGAGCUGGACAUGGACACACUCAGCCCCUGCCUCAGCAGCUCAAGCUACAGCAAAUCUCCCUCCACUAGCUCCGGCAUCAAGAUGACCAGCUUCGCAGAGCAGAAGUUCCGGAAGCUCAGCAAACCCGAAUCAGGGAGAAGAACGAGCAGCAGCAGCAGCGGGGGGGGCAGCUCCCUCAAGACCACCCCCGAGGGCUCAGAACUGGGCCUCCCCCUGUCCGUCUCCUGGGCUUCCACCCCAAAGCACAGCCCCGUUCAUCAACAGAGCAUGCCCCUUACCCAAGCCCCUCCCACUGGGCCAGCCCUGGCCCCUCCACCUAGUGACCCGGCUCAGGCCAUGGCAACGGAGAUGGUUCAGCUGCACAUGCGCCUGGAGGAGAAGCGAAAAGCCAUUGAGACGCAGAAGAAGAAGGUGGAGGCAGCGUUUACGCUUCACCGCCAGAGGAUGGACCACUCCACUUUCCUGGACGUGGUCAAGAGGAAGGCCGACUGUGCCUCAGUAGGAGGAGGAGAGGAGGAAAUGGGGAAGAUGACUGCAGAGAAGGCCGAGCAGGGGCAGGCGCCCUUCGGGGUCUGCUGGCUGAAAUCCCCAGGAAGAAGCACGGGAGAAGAGGGAGGUCAAGGUCACAGCGAGGUGGAUCUAGCGAACUACACACGCUCCAUGGAGAAGCUCAACCACUCACUGGGCUUCCUGCAGAUGGAGAUGCAGCGCCUGGCCCAGCAGCAAGAGGUCAUCAUGGCCAUGAGGGAACAACGGCAACAACAGGCCUGGGUCAUUCCCCCUCCCGAGACCCAGCCCUCACCCCAGAAAUAUGCUCGCGCCUCUGUCCGCUUCUCCGACUCGCCCUCCCCGACAGACUCGCCUCGCUCCGCCCACCGCUCGCCCACCAGCAUCAAGAGGAAGUCGCCCUCCUUCCACUCACGGAACCCCCGCACGCCUCGACCCAGCGAGCUUAAGCUGGCCCCCUAUAACCGCUGCCUGACGGCGCCCCAGUCCGUGGACAGCCUCCCCCGCCUGCGCCGUUUCUCCCCAUGGCAGGCCAUGGCCUUCACCUACAUGGGGGACAAACCCACCGGUGAAACCCCUGAGAUCGGAGACACUGAGCAUGUGCUAUCCCCAGAGAGAGAGGCUGUUAGUGCACCGUCACCCUCCUCCCCAGCCAAAAACAACCAGAGAACACAACAAGGGACACUAGAGAUUUCCAAGAAGGAUGAUGCGGAGGAGAAGGAAAUGGAGGAGGAGAAGCACAAGUACAAAAUGGAGGAGAUUAAACCCAUAAUAGUGUCGACCGUAUCUGAAGUGCUGGCCCAGCCAGUGAAAGAGUCCUUUACGGUCACCCCCACAGAGACCCCCCUUAUCUCGGACAUGUUUGGCCAGGCCAGAAGCAACCUGAUUGAGGUGCCUCUGUACGUGCUCAAGCCCCUGGAGGGAGAGGGGAUGGAGGAGAGUGAAGGCAUGCAGGGGACCUAUGGCGAUAACGAGAAAAUGUCCUGUGGCUUUUUCUUUAAGGGUGAUGGGAACGGGGAAGACAACAUGGCUCAGAAGAGGGCUGCUCUCCUGGAGAAGAGGCUGAAGAGGGACAAGGAAACGCAGCAGAAGAAGCUGCAGCAGGAGGCGGAGCUAGAGCGGAAGAAGGAGGAGUCACGAGUGAAAGCGGAGGAAGAGCACGCGAGGAAGGAAGAUGAGAAAAGUCGCCGGGAGUUAAUCAAGCAGGAGUACCUGAGGAGGAAGCAGCUCAAGCUCAUGGAGGACAUGGACACGGUGAUGAAGCCGCAGCGGCCGCCCGGCGCCAAGCAUAGGAGAGCCCGGCCCAGGUCCAUCCACCGGGACAGCAUGGACUCCUCCAGAUCCCCGGCCAGGGCAGCAGUGCCCAGCUUGUCCCUGGCCUCUCUCAACCUGAGGGACAACUUGUCUCUGGCCUCGCUCAACCUGGGGGACAACUUGUCUCUGGCCUCGCUCAACCUGGGGGACAACGACACUGUGCAAUCUGAGAAGAGAACCCCAAGGCCUGACUCUGCAGAUGGUUUUCUGUCCCCUUGUCGAUCUGGGAGCCGGACUGGGGAGGACGAUUGGGAGAAUGGCUCCACUGCCUCAUCUGUGAAGUCAAACACCGAGUACACCGGGCCCAAACUGUACAAGGAGCCGAGUGCCAAAUCGAACAAGCAUAUAAUCCAGAACGCGCUAGCCCACUGCUGCCUGGCGGGCAAGGUCAACGAAGGUCAGAAGAACAAGAUUGUGGAGGAAAUGGAGAAAUCAGAAGCCAACAACUUCCUGGUGUUGUUCAGGGACGGGGGUUGCCAGUUCCGCUCCCUGUACGUAUACAGCCCCGAAACUGACGAGGCCACCAAGUUGACGGGCAUCGGGCCCAAGAGUAUUAUGAGCAAGAUGAUCGAGGGCCUCUACAAGUACAAUUCGGACAGGAAGCAGUUCAGCCAGAUUCCCGCCAAGACCAUGUCGGCGAGUGUGGAUGCCAUCACGAUCCACGGCCACCUAUGGCAAACCAGGAAACCAGCCACCCCCAAGAAAGUGUUACCUGCCAAGUCCUAAUGGAACUUACCGUAUACUCCCAGCCACCCCUGCCAUUUCCCUUCAAAUUGAACGGUCCACAUUCAAUUUGCACUUCACUGUACAUUUCCAUGAGGAUUCAGCACCUGCAAUGCCAGUUAGACGAACGCAUACUUCUUGUACUUUAUUAUCUCUCUCUCUCUUUCUCUCUCUCUCUUUCUCUCUCUUCAUUCCUGUCCAUUUUCCUUUUGAAAUUCCAAACUGAACACGGGGACUCAGUUAAAGAAAUGCACAACUGGAAUGUGAAAACACUAUUUAAUAUGUGUAAAUGAAUGUCACUGAUCUGUUUAGUGGAAGAGAUUUGUCUGAUUUCGAGUCAUUUUAUUACAGCACGUGUGUAUGUGUUUUUUUUGCCCAAGUAGAGACAAAAAGGAGACGACGGGUACCUACGAUGUUUUAUCUGGGACACUAAAGCACUGAAUGUUACUCAUCUGUUCAAAUGGUGUGGCCUUACACUUGUUUUCUUUCUUUCUUUUAUGUCAGUGCAAUAAGCUGAUAGUAAAACUAUACCUUAG